AUGCGCUGCUUCGCCCCACUCCUGGGUCCCCGGGCCACUGCAGCGUUGGGCCCGGGGGGCCCCCAGGGGCCCCUCACGCGUUUGCAGGUAACUGCAGCAGAGAAGCAGCAGGGGAGUGUUUGCGAAAUGCCAUUUUUGCUGCCUCCCCGGUCCUUUCUCGUCAGCAGCAGCUGCAGCAGCAGCAGCAGCAGGGUGCAGCAGCUGCGCCUCUGGAGGCGGCCUGCUAUUGCUGCUGCGUUCUUAAAUGCGAAGGGCCGAGUACUUGCGGAUGCCUUAAUAUUGUGGAGAGACUCCAAAGAUGGGCACCCCCGCUUUUUGCUGGAUGUGGGGCUUCCUGUUUGCGGGCGUCUGCUGACUUACCUGGAGCGGCACGCAAUUUCCUUCAACGUAUCCUUCGGCGAGGAGCCCUCUCUUGCUGCGCUGCAGCUGCUGCCGCCCCCCCGCGUCUCGCUGCUGCUGCAGCAGGAAGGCAGAGGCUGGGGCCCCUGUGUUGCCAGGAGGCCCCCUAAAGACAGACCCCCCGAGGCCCUUCUUCAGGAGUUUUAUGAUUUUGCAAUUUGCCCAAGUGCGGGGGAGCAGCUCUUUCAUUACAUAGAACACCCAAGCAUUAGUGCUGCAGCAGACGCAGCCGCAGCAGCAGCAGCAGCAGACCCGGCAGCAGCAGCGUCUGCAGCAGCAAACCCCGUCGAAGGGGAGGAAGCACCAGGCCGCUGGACCGAGGGCCUUUUUGCUGCAGAUCCGCGCACGUGGCGUCUGGGGCACCGGGUGUACGUACACCGCAACUUGUGGGGCCCCCCCGAAGAAGAAAAAGCCCCUCAAGAGGACUGCGCAGCUUUAGCUGCUUCGCUGCCCCUAGUUGCUGGGGCUGAAGAAGCAGAAGAGGCGGACUCUCCGUCAGCAGCAGCAGCAGCAGCAGCGCAGCAGCAGCAGCAGUCGCGCGAGCCCGCGGCGCAGCAGCACUGCGCCGGGCAGCAGCAGGGGCGCGAGUACGAGGUGUACAGACACCUCGUGGGCGUCUGCGAGGGGCCCCAGGAAGUCGGAGUCGGGGACGCUCUUCCAUUAUCAAUAAAUAUGGACUUUUUGGGAUUUCUAUCUUUGCAAAACAAAGGCUGCUACAUAGGCCAAGAAGUCCUUACGCGGGCCCUGCACCAGCUGGCCAGCCGCAGGAGGCUGGCGCUGCUGCUGCGGGGGCCCCCCUGGCCCCUGGGGGCCCCCGCAAAGGUACAGGCUGGGGCUGCGGGGGGCCCCCCUGUGGGCCCCGGGGCCCUUUCUCUGGAGACGACGAUCCCAGCCAGAGUCUUCAGCUGGUGGCUGGAGGCCCUCCGCGCGGCUGCCAGCGGUGUGGUGGGGGCCCAGCAAACCCCCGGGGGGCCCCCCAAGGGCCCCCAAGGGGGCCCCCAUGAGGGCCCCCAAGAGGACGGGGAGAGGGCCCCUUUGCCGAAAGGGUACAGCGUAGGCCCCGGGGCCCUUGUCCUGAAGCAAGUCCCCGGGGCUGCCCCUGGGAGGGUCUCAGAGUGGAAAGAAAUUGGAGUUGUUUUGGCUUUUGAAGAGGCAGUGGGGGGGGGCAUUUGCCUGCUUCGAAGUAGGCCUGGAGAGGGGCCCCUAAAGACCCCCGAGGAUAUGGCGAGGUUUGCUGCGGGGCUCGCGGGGGCCUCCGUGAGGGUCUCGACAAAACCCACUCCUUCGGGGGGCCCCGAGGGCCCCUAUGACCCCGCAGAGGCUGCCAGUGUCUUUAUGGUGGUCCCCGCUCCUUAUGUCUUUGAUUUGCUGCUCCAAAAUCUACACGAGCAGAAGACAGAGUCCUCGCGGAGCUCUUGA